AUGGGUGAUCUCAACCAACUUUCGUCUCGGGUGAAGGAUACCAUCGCCUCCAUCGUUCCGAAAAUCGACAGCGCUCUCUCCGACAAGUCGUCCCGCAUUGACCUAGCCACCGCCGAGAAUUGGCUUCUCCGACCAGAACUUGAAGAAAUCUACAAGACUGCCAUUCAAAAUGGGAUUUCAUCCAAGAGUCUCUCAUACUCGCAUGGUCUUGGUGGAGAUGCAGAACUACGCAGCUCCUUGUCGGACCUCUUCACGAAGUACUUCUGUCCACACCAACCAAUCCGACCCGAUCAUGUUGUGGCAACACCUGGCGCAACCCAUUGUCUAGACGCUCUACUCACGACCAUCUGCGAUGAGGGGGACAGUGUCUUGAUUCUUGUGCCGUAUUGGAGCGGGUUCAGCCUGCAUUUCCAGCUCCGACCUCGCGUGAAUGUGAUUCCGGUGCGCCUUGACUGGGUCAAUGGCUCUUUCAACGAGCACUCACGUCCCUUAAACCAAAGCCUCCUCCCAGCUCUACUCGCGGCCCUCGAUACUGCGCCGGACAAGGCCAAGGUCAAAGCUCUGGUUAUCACCAACCCACAUAAUCCCUUUGGGCAAUGCUAUCCUGCCCAUGUUCUCCGAGAAUGCAUCCGGUUCUGUAGGGAAAGAGGCAUCCACUACAUCUCAGAUGAGCUGUAUGCCUUGAGCCAAAUCGGCAGGAAUCCAUUCAUUUCGGCGCUGGGCUUAGGCCCAAACGGGGAAAGCACGAACGGCUGCAGGUCGCUCCGCAAAGAUGUCACUGAUGGUGGCCAUGUUAGAAAUAGCAAGAAGAGAUCACUCACUGCGAACGGAACAGAGCCGCCGCCGUCGAAGAGAAGAAUUGGAUCCUACGGACCGAACGGCACUUCCCCCGAGAAGGAGAAAAAUGUGGAAGAUGGUUCGGAGGAUGCUGCCAUGAUCCAUGUCAUAUGGAGUACCAGCAAAGACCUGUGCUCGAGUGGACUUCGCAUGGCUGCUCUGGUGAGCCAGUCGCCGCAAUCUCGUUUAAUUCUAAAUCGACUCGCCAAAGCCCACGAGAUGGCGGCUGCGCGAUUCCGACGGUGGGGCACUCCCUUCAUCACUCCUGACGCGGGGCCGUUCGUGCUCGUACGACUAGGCAGGAAGGAGGAUGAGAGCGACAUUCUUCAGAAAUUGAGGCAAGUAGGGGUUAUGGUCGCCCCGGGAGGAAGUUUUGGCGGGUCCGGUUGGUGCGAUGGAGACGGCGGAUUCUGGGCGAGAGUCACCGUGGCAGUGCCGCGAGAGAUAUUCUGGGACGGGCUUCAGAAGAUCGAACUGGCAUUGGGGUUCUAG